UCACUGGGUUCCAGCCGGAGAUUCCCCCCCAGCACCCUGCGAUCGCCGAAUAUCACUGACGGGAGAGACUUUAACAUGCUGCUGUGUAUUUCACAGCAGAGAAAUACACAGCAGCAUGUUUCCCUAGUAAAACACAGAGGGCACUAAUGUAAAACAGCACACAAUUAACCCUUUGAUCUCCCCAAAUGUUAACCCCUUCCUGCCCAGUGUCAUUAGUACAAUGUCAGUGCUUUUUAUUAGCACUGAUCAGUGAAUUAGUGUCAUUGGGAUGUCAGUGGCAGUUAGUCCUUUCCCUCCCCCCAGUGUCGGAAUACCCACCGCAGUCCCAU